CAUGAACGAUUUCGAUGGCCUCUUGGCCUCCGAAUUCGGUUACAAACCCCAAGGCAAAUCCGCUCCAAUGGCUCGUUCCAAAGGAUCCUCCAAUUUCUCAAACACUUCUUCCUCUCUUAACUUCGAUUUGGGAUCGCGAUCCGCACGCGCUACCAAUUCCACGGCUUCUGAUUUCGGCUCCACUUCCGUGUUUGGAUCCUCUGGUGGCAUGAGGAACCGCGAUGCUGGCGGUGGUUUCGACGAGAUGUUCGGCGGCUCGAUCGCCAGAUCGGAGUCUCGCGGCGGAGCGGACUCGCCAUUUGAUUUGGACUCCAUGUUUCGUGGCGGCUCCUCAUCCACCGCCGGGGACUUCGGUUCCAGGUCGACGAACUCGCCGAAGCCGGUCUACGACAAGCCUGUGUAUGACGAUGAUGACAUUUUCGAUGGGAUUCCAGGGUUGAAGAGCACGUCUAAGGCUAAGUAUGAAGAUGUUUUUGCAUCCGUGGCUUCGUCAGCGCCAGGAAGUGGCGGCGGCGGCGGCAGUAGCGCGUUUGAUGAUCUUCUUGGCGGGUUUGGAAGGGAGUCGAAGACUUCCGGUGGGAAGAGAUCGGAGAAGGAUGAUAGAGGUGAUCCUGCUUUUGAUGAUUUGCUAGCUGGAUUCGGAAGCAGUAAGCCACCUGGUAACAGGCACACCGAAGAUAUCGGUUUGUCCUCAGUACCAACUGUCAGUGCAGCUAAAGCAACCUCUACGGCAUCAGAAGACCCUUUCCGAGUAUUUGAAUCAGUUUCAGCACCAGUGGAUUCAACCUCAGACCACAGUACAGAUCCGUUGGAAGAAAUUAGUAAGUUUAGUAGUUCUAGAAGCACAAAAAACGAUAGUUCAGCAAAUGCUAAUGGAAGAGUAUAUGAUGAUAUUGAUCCUUUUGGCGGGCUUGGACAAUCUGUACCUGCAUUCACAUCAGAGAGAAAUAGCAGGAAGGGCAGCUUGUCUCCACAGUCAAAUACGAGCCCUGGUUCGACUAGAGAUAAAGAACAAGUUGAAAUGUUUUCUGCAAGGAGUCCUGAGAAACGGUCGCAAAACAAGAUCCCUGUUGAAAAUGAUCGAGAGGUUCCGCAAUCCCCUUCUUACAUGCCUUCAUAUUCACCUGGUUCUAAUAAACCGGUUGGCCAAAGGUCUACUUCCCCCAAUUAUAAUAAUGCUAAUUUUAGACAGGCCAAUGCUGAGGAAGAUAUGUCUCCAAAAUAUGAAGAAAAUGUAGAAUUUGGUGAGGAUAUAUGGUUGACAGUGUCAGAGGUUCCUCUUUUUACACAGCCAACUACUGCACCACCACCAUCAAGACCCCCUCCCCCACGGCCGGUAAAUAUUUCAAGAAUGGGAACAGGCUCCCCAGCUUCUGCCAAUUCUAGAAAGAAGGCUAAUGAGUACUCUACUUUCCCUAGUUCCACUCGAUUCUCUCAAGCUCCUAAAUCUGCUCCUUCUGCAGCAAGGGCAUCCCCUACACCACCACAGUUUGAUGAACUUGAUGAUUUUGCUAUGGGCAGGAGUCGUGCUAAUGAUGACCAGAGUGGAAAUGGUCUUCUUGAUGAGGAAUUAGAGAUGAACUCUGCUGCGGCUGCUAUGAAGGAGGCAAUGGAUAGAGCCGAAGCUAAAUUUAAACAUGCAAGGGAAGUUAGGGAGCGAGAAAACACAAGGGCAGCUAGAAAUAGAGAAGGUGUGCAAUUUGAAAAAGAUGAGAUGCUAGAAGAGAGAGAAAAACAGGAAAAGUUAGACCGUGAGCGGCAGCAAAAGGAGAGGGAGGAAAAUGAGCAAAGAAGACUCAUGAAAGAAAGGGAGGAGAAAGAAAGAGAAAAGCAGCGGCUUGAGAGAGAAAGAGCAAGGCAGGCUGUAGAAAGAGCUACUAGAGAAGCACGUGAAAGAGCAGCUGCUGAAGCUCGCCAAAGAGCUGAAAGAGCUGCUGUUGGGAAAGCAGCUGCUGAGGCUCGAGAGCGUGCUGAGAGGGCUGCAGUGCAGAGGGCACAGGCUGAAGCCCGAGAAAGGGCUGCCACAGAGGCAAAGGAAAGGGCUGAACGGGUUGCUGCAGAGGCAAAGGAGAGGGCUGAAGCUGAAGCACGAGCUAAAGCAGAACGUGCUGCUGUAGAGAGGGCUGCUGCAGAGGCUCGAGAAAGGGCUGCGGCUGAGGCCCGAGAAAGAGCCGCUUCUGCUGCUGCAGGAGCAAACCAACAAAAGAAUGAAAAUGAUCUCGAGUCCUUCUUUGGCACGGGUGCAAGAGCCAGUAGUGCUCCAAGACCUCCUCGGACUACCUCUUCAGACUCUCUAUUUGAAAAUCAAUUUCAGUCAGAUAUAACAAGGAAAUCUGCUGGUGCAUCUUCAAACAUGAAGAAAGCAUCAUCAUCCACUAAUAUUGUUGAUGAUCUUUCUUCAAUUUUCGGAGCUGCUCCGUCAUCUGGAGAAUUUCAAGAAGUUGAAGGGGAAACUGAAGAAAGGCGAAGAGCCAGGUUGGAACGCCACCAGAGGACUCAAGAGCGUCAGGCAAAAGCUUUGGCCGAGAAGAAUCAACGCGACCUGCAAACUCAAAGAGAGCAAGCUGAAAGACAUUUGCUCUCCACCUUACAAUAUGUGUUGUGGCCUGAAUGUGGUUGGCAGCCAGUUUCUUUGACUGAUUUGAUAACAGGAGCUGCAGUUAAAAAAGCAUAUAGAAAAGCUACAUUGUGUAUUCAUCCUGAUAAAGUGCAGCAGAAGGGUGCCACUCUUCAGCAGAAAUAUAUAGCAGAGAAGGUGUUUGAUCUACUCAAGGAGGCUUGGAAUAAAUUCAAUUCUGAGGAGCUUUUCUAAUCUCUGAUGAAAGCAUCUACUUGAGGCAUUUUGUUCAACGAUUAUAUUGAGAGGAGACCACAACGCUGUUUCAGCCGUCUCCCUCGAUCACUGCA